CAAACUACAGGCUACAGGGAGCUGUGCUUCAGGGCAACCUUUUUCCGCAAAGAGGAAGAGAUUGCUGUGCUCAGGUCCUCACCUUUGAGCAGUUUUUCCUGUGAUGCAAGUUCCAGGAGUUCCAUUUUCUGUGACAGACUUUUUUAUGGCCUCUUUGUGCUGACAUUUGCCCCACUGUUGGGCAUAAGGAGGAAGGAUGCUGAAGAAUGGGUACCACCCUUUUGGUUUUUAGAACAUGGGCAGUUGCAUAAAGAUGCAGCUGUGAUCCUCGGCUUUGUGUCUCACCGAAGGGACCUGAUGUUUUACAUUAUUGGUGGGAUCACAGUAUCUGUGGUAGCCUUCUUCUUCACCAUUAAGUUCCUCUUUGAGCUUGCCGCACGUAUAGUCAGCUUCCUUCAGCAUGAGGACCGGGAACGCCGAGGGGAGCGAACUAUUUAUGACUACGUGCGAGGCAACUACCUGGAUCCCCGGUCCUGCAAGAUCUCCUGGGAUUGGAAGGAGCCCCAUGAGGUGGGCCAUAGCAUGGCCUUCCGAGUGCAUUUAUUCUAUAAGAAUGGGCAGCCCUUCCCUGCUCACCGGCCUCUGGGGCUGCGAGUUCACAUCUGCCAUGUGGCGCUAGCAAUUGAUAUUCCUGUAACCCAGGAAGUUCUUCAGGAGCCUAAUUCCAAUGUGGUGAAAGUGGCCUUCACUGUGCGCAGGGCUGGGAGAUAUGAGAUCUCUAUAAAACUCGGUGGCUUGAAUGUGGCCUACAGCCCCUACUACAAGGUGUUUCAGCCAGGGAUGGUGGUUCCCUCCAAAACCAAAAUUGUUUGCCAUUUCUCCACUCUGGUGCUGACCUGUGGGCAGCAGCACACCCUGCAGAUAGUUCCCAGAGAUGAGUAUGACAAUCCUACCAGCAAUUCUGUGUCCCUUAUUGAUGAGCACAAUUACAGUCUCUCCAUCCAUGAGCUGGGUCCUGAAGAAGAAGAGAACUCUGACGUUGUGUUUGAGAAAUCUGUGGUAUCCAACCGGCAGACUUGCCAAGUGUUCUUCCGAUUCACCUUGCACUGUAGGGGGUGUUUCCAUGCCUGCAUCUCCUACCAGAACCAGCCCAUAAGUAAUGGUGAUUUUGACAUCAUUGUUCUGAGUGAGAACGAGAAGAACAUCGUAGAACGCAAUGUCUCCACCUCGGGUGUCAGUAUUUACUUUGAAGCUUACCUUUAUGAAGCUUCUAAUUACACCAACACCCAGUGGCACCUUCCACCAACACAUCUAAGCUCCUCCCAGCGCCGUCCUUCUACUGCCACUGAGGAUGAAGAUGAAGAUUCUCCUUCUGACAGCCAAACUCCUGAGAAAGUGAAGAAACCUAAGAAAGUGUAUUGCUAUGUAUCUCCUAAGCAAUUCUCAGUGAAAGAAUUCUACCUGAAGAUCAUUCCAUGGCGCCUUUUCACCUUUCGAGUAUGUCCUGGUACAAAGUUUUCAUAUCUUGGUCCUGACCCUGUGCACAAACUACUGACACUGGUGGUAGAUGAUGGGAUCCAACCCCCUGUGGAGCUCAGCUGCAAGGAGAGGAACAUCUUGGCAGCCACUUUCAUUCGCUCUCUGCAUAAAAACAUAGGAGGCUCAGAGACCUUCCAGGACAAAGUGAACUUUUUUCAACGAGAACUGCGUCAAGUGCAUAUGAAGAGACCUCAUUCAAAGGUCACACUGAAGGUCAGCCGUCACUCUCUUCUGGAGUCGUCUUUUAAAGCAACACGAAAUUUUUCUGUUUCUGACUGGAGCAAAAACUUUGAAGUGGUUUUUCAAGAUGAAGAAGCUCUGGACUGGGGAGGUCCACGCAGAGAGUGGUUUGAGCUCAUCUGUAAGGCAUUAUUUGAUACCACCAGUCAACUCUUUACCCGCUUUAGUGAUAACAACCAGGCCUUGGUGCAUCCAAAUCCAGGGCGUCCUACGUAUGUACGACUCAAGCUGUAUGAAUUUGCAGGCCGCCUUGUAGGAAAGUGUCUUUAUGAGUCAUCACUGGGAGGUGCUUACAAACAACUGGUGCGAGCUCGUUUCACCCGAUCCUUCCUGGCUCAGAUCAUAGGACUUCGUAUGCAUUACAAGUAUUUUGAAACGGAUGAUCCAGAGUUCUAUAAAUCAAAAGUUUGUUUCAUACUGAACAAUGACGUGAGUGAGAUGGAUUUGGUCUUUGCUGAAGAGAAAUACAGUAGAACAGGACAAUUGGAGAAGGUGGUUGAACUGGUGACAGGAGGGGCUCAAGUACCAGUAACAAAUGAAAAUAAAAUAUUUUAUCUGAAUCUACUUGCACAGUACAGGCUGGCCAAUCAGGUUAGAGAGGAGGUGGAUCACUUCCUGAAAGGUCUUAAUGAGUUAGUUCCUGAGAAUCUACUGGCUAUUUUUGAUGAAAAUGAGCUUGAGCUGCUUAUGUGUGGUACUGGAGAUAUCAGUGUCUGUGACUUCAAGGCACAUGCAGUAGUGGUAGGAGGAUCCUGGCACUUCCGAGAGAAGGUCAUGAGGUGGUUUUGGACUGUGGUCUCCAGUUUCACACAGGAAGAGCUGGCUAGGCUGUUACAGUUCACAACUGGUUCAUCCCAACUGCCUCCAGGAGGGUUUGCUGCACUUUGUCCAUCUUUCCAGAUCAUUGCAGCUCCAACUCACAGUACUUUGCCGACAGCUCACACUUGUUUUAACCAGCUGUGCCUCCCUACCUAUGACUCCUAUGAAGAAGUGCACAAAAUGCUGCAGCUAGCUAUCAGUGAGGGUUGUGAAGGCUUUGGCAUGCUGUGAUUUCCCCUUUCCAGGAGGCCAUUUGAACAUCGUUCUUCAUGGCAAGAGCCAGGUUCAAUCCCUUAGCUGUUCUCCUUCCCUUCACCUGGGCAAUGGGGGCAGAGCAAAGACUCUGUAUAAAGGAAUUUGUCAUCCAGUUGUCAUGUGGCCUUUCUGUAUCUCAAAUAUGUCAUCAAGAGUUCAUAGUUUUCCUUUCCUUCAUUCUCCCUUUGGUUCAGUGUGAAACAGCAGAAGGAGUGUGGUGCAUUUAUCAAGGAGACACUGUGCAGGAUUACCCUGCACACCCAUCCAUCUGUGAGAUGACAUUCAUGAGCAGAAGUUGCAGUGAGGUGCAAACAACAUGCUGAGCUGCCUUUAUUGUAGCUCUCAGGGAAGAAGAGGGAAGGCCAGUGUGGAGCUCUGCUGGAAACCUGGCUCAUAGGAAGCCUUAGUACUUUUGUGUCUUGGCUCAGCUCCCUCAUUGAUGCACCACAACAGCUCAUCUAGCUCAAUCACUCAAGAAGGGUGCAGAGCGAUUCUUUCUUUCAGCACCUGGCCCAGAAGGGUUUCUUGUUCUCCUCCAUCUUGCUCUGGAUACUGUUGUCUGUCACCUGUGCCACAGAGAAAAAUGGGCAGUCUGCCUCACUGGAGGGGAUAGCCCAAAGGGGAGAGCAGUCUCAUCAGAGCACAAGUGCUGGCCCUGACAGUCAUUCUGUACUACCUCCACCAGGGUCCAGCAGCAGAAGCGUCCUUCUCCAGCACCAGCUGGUAAUGAGCCUUUGCAAAUGAACUGGAAGAGGAAUUUCUCCUCCACUGAAUGUCUAUGAUAGUGAUUAAUGAUGUUGCACAGGAAGCUGUCCCACGCCCUUGCCUUCUUUCUCCUUCCUCAGGAGAGGGGGCACGGGCACGACUGUGAUCCCUUAUUGCUGAGCACCAAUGCCUAUCCCACGUUCACCUUCAGGGGUAUAUAUGUUAUAUAAGAGCAGCGACAGGUCAGUAAGCAGCUACAAUAUACAUUGCUCUUGUGUUUGUUCUUGGGGUGAUGGCUCUGGGCACAAUGCCGUACCUCCACCCCAGCAUCCCCCAGGGUCUUGGCUUCUACCUCUGUUGUGCAGCAGUCUGAAGCUUCUCUUUCUUUACUGCAUUUCAGGCAGGGUUUCCAGAGGGUUGUUGGUGCCUGGAGAGCAGCUGGCUUUCUGUCCUCCCAAUCUUCCUGCCUGCUCUUUCUUGAGCUCUCCUUUCCUACUGCUCUAUUCAGGGCUGCUGGCUUUCCAGCAAAAAAUGCUAAUUAGAACUUCAUUCAAAUGAUCACUCGACAGCCUGCAUGAUAGUACAUUGCACUCACCGUUGUAUGACUUGUGGGGACAGGAGUGGACAGACCAGCAUGAUUGGUUUGAGUUUGGUUGGCAGUUUCUUCAGCCCUUCUUAAGGAAAAAGAAGGAAAAUGAGUCUGUGAAUGCUUGUAGGUUCUUCAGUGAAGCAAACUUUUUGAAGAUCUUUUAAGUGCUCAACAGUCUCUUAGUUCAGGUCAGGAGACGUGGGCAUCCUGCAUUGCUAAUGCCUGCAAUUUAAGCUUUCACUGGAUUAUGGAAUGGCUGGAUUUCUUCCAGAGUGAAGUCUCAAAGUGGCACCCCUGAGCUAACUUUAGAACACUGUAUUAAAUAAAAAUUCGCAUCAUCCUCCUUAGCCCUCUUUUAUCCUCGAGCUGAUCCAGGCGUAUUUCUGCACAGUAUGGAUUAUUUUUUUCUUUAGAGAAGUGUAUGCUUUUUCAGUGUACCUUAGUUGAAUUGACUGGGAACUUGUGGAAAUGCUCUUCAUCUAGAGGAUGUUCUUAGUAAGUCAGCAUCUUACCUAUUCUUGGGCUGUGCAGAAAGAAACAAGCCAUUUUGGUGCCAAAACCAGCAAGCUGAGCGUUGAGUCUACUCAGGGGGAUUUCUUUGCCUUGUGAAUUCAUUCUGCCACUGGCGCCAAGGUGCUAGCAGAUUGCAGCUUGAGAGAUUGCCACCAUUGCGCUCUGUAGGAUCUGGAUUCCCUUUUCAGUGCAGGCUUCUUUUUGCAAGGUCCUGAGCUUUGGGUAGAAAAUGCAGUACUAGCUUUGUGCUGUGGAUGGCUUCUGUGGCCGCUGCAGCUGUGGCUGUGUUCUCUGUGCCACCACUUCACUGCUUUCUCUAGGGACCGAGAGAAGGUGGCUUGUCUUAGCUCCUGUUUGUUGGGAGGUGAGCCUGGUGCUCUUCCCACAUUGCAACCUUGUCUUUCCAGCCUUGUAGCUAUGGACCAGGUCUGCCAAUGACAUCUUCCUCAGGAAUUCUCCCUUCUUCUACUGAGCUGGACUGCUUUACUCCAAGGACAAAGUAGCUGGACAUUGGGCACUCUUCCUCUGCUGGAAGGAGCUCCUAAAAUCCUAGUGCAUUGCAGCCAGCAUCCUAUGCUUCUCAGAAGCUAUACAGAGCCAAGGAAUUUCUUCUUAACACAAGCGCAGGCGGAACUGUGGUGGGUGCAGGUACUCUUAGUUAAAGAAACCCAUUUCCAUUAUUGACACAGGCCCCCAGUUGGUUCCGUGUUCCUGGAUCUGUCGCAGUGUUUCUAAUCUCUAGCUUUAUACUCUUUUCCAAAGUGUUCACUUUUUAUGCUGCCCUUAAUGCUGGCAGCAUGUAUGCUCUGGUUACCUGUACUAUAUGUUUCUUCUGACAGGCUUGUUAUUUUCUUUUUCUCCUUAUUUAUUCCCAGUUUACUAGAGGCACUUACAUAAAAAGUUUUAGGACUCUGGUGCCGUGUCAGACAGUUCCAUGUUUCUUGAAGUAGCUUUGAAGUGCAGAGGGUCUGGCUUCAGCCUGCACCUGCAGACCAUGUUGCAUGUUUUUAGAAACCAGGAGCUGUGGAUGAUACAGAUCAAACCCUAGUUCUCUCUGUUGAAGUUCUGGCAGAGCUCAGCCAAAAUUUGGAAGCCUGUGGUUGUAGUAGCUGAUUUUGUAAAUAGUUUGUACAAUAAAUAAAAUAUUUUAAAAAUGC